GGACCCCAGACCUCGUCCUAUCCAUCCUCAAGCGCCUCUGGAACCACGGACCCAAGGCUCUCCAAUUCUUCGACCACCUCGAUCGCCACCCCCUCUUACGCUCACCCCGCCGCCGCAUUUGACCACGCCAUUGACAUCGCCGCCCGGAUGCGCGAUUACCGCACCCUUUGGAAGCUCGUAGCCCGGAUGCGAUCCCGCAGACUCGGUCCUCGACCAAAGACCUUUGCUAUCAUCACCGAGAGGUACGUUUCUGCCGGCAAUCCUGAUAAAGCGUUGAAGGUUUUCUUGUCUAUGCAUAAUCAUGGUUGCCCCCACGAUUCAAAUUCUUUCAAUACUUUUCUCGAUGUUCUUUGCAAAUCCGGGCGGGCUGAGAUGGCCUAUAGGCUUUUGAAGAUGCUUCGAGGUAGUAGAUUUAGAGCUGAUAUUGUCACAUAUAACACACUUGCAAAUGGAUUUUGUUUAAUCAAACAAACCCCUAAAGCUCAAGACAUUCUCAAGGAAAUGGUAUGGAGAGGCUUGACUCCCACCGUAACCACAUAUAACAUACUGCUCAAAGGAUUUUUUCGGGCUGGUCAGAUUAAAGAAGCUUGGGAAUUUUUCUUGCAAAUGAAGAAGAGGAAGUGUGAGAUUGAUGUUGUGACUUAUACCACUUUGGUUCAUGGGUUAGGAGUUGUUGGAGAGAUUGAUAAAGCUCGCAAGAUGUUUAAUGAGAUGGUUGGAACUGAUGGUAUACUUCCUUCUAUUUCAACUUACAAUGCAUUCAUUCAAGUGCUGUGCAAGAAGGAUUCUGUGGAAAAUGCUAUUUCAGUAUUUGAGGAGAUGUUGAGGAAAGGUUAUGUCCCAAACACAAUGACUUAUAAUUCAGUAAUUAGGGGGUUGUGUCAUAGGGGGAGAAUGAAUGAGGCUGUUCAGUAUAUGGAUAAAAUGAGGGAUGACCAUAAGUGCGAACCGAAUAUUCAGACCUACAAUGUCAUCGUCCGCUAUUAUUGCGACCAAGGAGAAAUUGAGAAGGCUCUUGUGGUAUUUGACAGAAUGAAUUGUGUCGAUUACUGCUUACCCAAUCUGGAUACGUACAAUGUCUUGAUCAGCUCUAUGUUUGGGAGAAAGAAAUCAGAUGAUUUACUCGUUGCUGGCAGGUUGAUAGUGGAAAUGGUUGGUAGAGGAUUUAUGCCAAGAAGGUUCACGUUCAAUCGUGUUCUGAACGGACUUUUGCUCACUGGCAAUCAACAGUUUGCCAGAGAGAUUUUGAGACUGCUAAGUGAAUCUGGCCGUCUCCCCCGUCAUUUCAAGUUGUGAAUCUAUUGCAGCUUCCUGAAAGAUUUGGAGCAAAUCUAGUUGUUAUGCACUGAAAGCAUCAUUGGUUAAAAUGAUGAACCUGCAUUUCAAUUGAAAGGUAAGAUUAAAUGCUACACUUGUACUCCCAUAUGAAGUAAUACUAUACAUAAAAAAAUAUGGAGUAAUAAGUUACUGUCCCUGUUCAUGUUUAUUAUUCUAGGCUGACCAGAUCACAUCAUCAUCAUCAUUACCCCACUGCCGCAAAGGCUUCCACCUACGGUGGGGUAAGCGGGUCGGAUGUACGCAACCUUACCCCUGUACUAAAGCACAGAGAGACUGUUACCGGAUGACCCACAGUGAAAAUCGCGUCGAGAAUUGCAUGAACUCACUGCUGCUUCAUAACAAAGAAGCACACACAUUUUAGUGAGCCAUAUUGCUUUAUUCCAUCACAUUCUCAAGUCAAAAAAUAGUGAAUCUUUGGCUCCAUUGCAAAUGAUGGAAAUGUUUACGAAAUCCCACAAUUCAAUAAAAUUUAUUAAUGCUAUCAGUUAAUCAAAAC